UCGAAUUAGUGGCUGGACGACCUGUCAGUCUACUAGGAAGCUGCCGGUUUAUUUUAGUUCGCACUGCGUAUUGGUCAGCGCUUGCUGUCAAUCAUUUUGAGGGGCAGGACCGAGGCCGUGUUGUGUUUCGUAUGCUGUUCAGUCUUACAUGAGGAAAAGCUGCUAGGUGUCUCUGUAACUUAGGAGGAUUCGCUAAUAUUACACUCUGAGCAAACAAGAUCACGGAUGCGUCUGAAGGAUGAGCACCAGGUCGAAUGCCGGAAAAGUUCGAAAUGCAGACAGCAACCCCUGUAUAGAGGAAAGUGAUGGUUCUCGAAAGUGCCUGGACGCAUAUAACUAUGAUAAGAGCAUGUGCUCUGCAUACUUCUUAAAGUAUAAGAAUUGCAGAAAGUACUGGCAAACAGUGAUGCUCCAACGCAGGCGUGAAGGUAUAAAGCCUGAAAUGCCUACAGCUAAAGAGAGGGAAGAAAUGCUCACUUCUCUGGGAGGGAAGCCCUACUGAAAGCCACUGACUUUUAAUAGCAGAACACUGACUGUGCCUCUGAGGUGUGUGCUGAUGUGUGGAUGAGUGCAUCCUUCCAAUAGGAAGCCUUAAAAACUUUAUUUACACUUGAGCCCAGUGGGCAGGAGUGUGUGUGUGUGGUGCGUGUUGGUGUGUAUGUGCAUGCUUGUGUGGGUAUUUGUGUGCACAUACUUUUUAUGGAGUUGUUUGUGUGUACUUGAGAGAGUGCAAGUGCUUCUUCCAUGAUGAGUUUUUGAACACGUUUGCACUGAGAUCAUGUUUUAGUCAUUCUGUGACUCUCUUGCAGAGAUGCAUUUAAAAUCAUGUACAGAUAUAAUAUCCCAUGUGGAUUCUGUAUUAAUGUUAUCAAGAGUUAAAUAAAUAACAGAAGGAGAA